AUGUAUCCAAAUAAGAAUUAUGAAAACGAUAUAAAAUAUACCAUACAACUAAACCGCUUUAUUUUCCGUCUGUUGGGUAUCUGGCCGGAAUCAGAGCCUUCGUUCUUCGAAAAUCUCAAGAGGAUUUUGCUGAUACUGGGUUGUUAUUUCCUUCUCGCCUCCGAACUGAUCCCGACGAUUUUACACAUAAUACUCGUAGAGAAACGAGCCCGCGUCAGAUUGAAGCUCAUAUCGUCCGUAAUGUUCACGGUACUGGCGGUCCUUAAAUAUAGCAGCCUAGUGCUCAGCAAGAAUCAAGUGGGCGACUGUUUGACGCGAGUGAAAGAUGAUUGGCGAAACGUCGUAAGCGCGAACGCUCGUAAUUCCAUGAUCGAAAAGGCCAGGACUGCGAGACGUUUGCUCAUUCUGUGUGGCAUAUUUAUGUACAUCUCCGGCUUGUAUUUUCGUACGAUCGUGCCGCUGAGCAAGGGAAAGUCUGUCACCGAUCAGAACAUCACUAUCAGGCAUUUGCCGUGUCCGAGCUAUUUUGUUUUCUUCAAUGGACAGAUCAGUCCCGGGUAUGAGAUCAUGUUCUUCAUACAAUUUUUCUCCGGAUUCAUUAAGUAUACCAUCACAGUGGCGAUCUGCAGCCUCGCCGCACUCUUCGCUAUGCAUAUAUGUGCACAGCUGGAAAUACUGAUGAUGCUAAUAGAUAACUUGAUAGACGAGACAGAAGAAAAAAAUUUGAAUGGAAGGUUGGCCGUGACCGUGGAACAUCAAAUUAAAAUGCGGAAUUUUAUCCGAUUGGUGCAGAACACUUUGGAACAUACGAGCUUAUUAGAAGUAAUGGGAUGUACGAUAAUUGUAUGUCUCCUAGGACAUGAUAUCAUCACGGAGUGGGAAGAUCAAAAUGUUAUAUCAAUGUGCUCGUACCUUAUUCUACUCACGUCAAUUGGAUUCAACAUUUUUAUAUUUUGCUAUAUCGGUGAACAACUUUCGUUAGAGGGAGAGAAAUUAGCAUUAAUAGUGUGUACAUUUGCUUGGUACCGUCUUCCGAAUGAAAAAGCAAGAGCAUUAAUAUUAGUCAUAGCCAUGUCGAUUGUUCCGAUGAAGCUUAGAGCCGGGAAAUUCUUCGAUCUUUCCAUCAGAACUUUCGGUGAUGUUGUUAAAACGGCUGUAACGUAUCUUAAUAUUAUUCGAAAAAUGAUGGAAUAG